CCGUACUCGCACGAAAAUCGUCGCGGAGUUUGACGAACGCAUUUCCUUCCUUCGUUCUGAGGCGAUAACGCAGGCAACAAGUGAGGGAGCGCCGGGUGGCAUGUUCCGAGCAGUGUGCUGCAUGCCUCGCGGAAGGAAGGUGCACUUCUGAGUCCAUCUAGCGUCUUUUUCGGUUACCAAGAUGUACAUUUAGUCAUCAGUGCAAAUAAGAGUCCGAGUAAAUGAUUUCGUCGAACCAGCUGAGGCGAAAUUACCGGAAUAAUGAGUAACAGUGAUGUUCAUGGUUUCAUAUUGUUUGGUGUUGUUGUGUUCUUGGCAUCCUCCCUCUUGGCUACAGCGAUCGCCUUCGCUUGCUACUGCAGAUCAAAGCGUCGGAUAAUCUUACGCACGGGAGAAGUCACUGCAGGCACCCCUGGGUCGCGUCCUCCCCCGGGACUGCCCCGACUGAAGCCCCCGCCCAUCCCUCGCUCCCCGCAGGCACCCUCCCCCUUGCGACCCCCAACCUCGCCCUCCCACUCGGCUCCGGCGAAUUCCGAUCAAAACACCAGGCAUCCCAAGUCAGCAUCGAGACGUCACAAGUCUCAUGGUACACAUGCCGAUUGCCACGCCCUUGAAGUCCCGUCCGAGCUUCGAGAACCGCCUCGGGGCUUGCAUUCAGACUCCAAAUCUCUUCCUUUGCAAAGUCCCGAGCUCGAGGUCCACUUUCCAUACUUGAAUAAAAGUUCUAAUCAUCAGAAGGCUUCAUUGGUGGAAACCAAACAGAGCUCUCGAAACGGAUACGUCUCGGGACUGCGUUCCGAACAUUCAGCCGAGGGUUCAGCUAAAGUGAAACCCAACUUGGACAUGAAGUUUAGGAAAGAUACUUCCGCGGCGGGGAAGGUCCAGAUGAAAUCCGACUUUUCGAUGGAACUCGCAGCCAAAAUGAGUGAAAGAACAUUCGCAAGCAAACAUCGCAACAUUACCAAGGAUUACUCAUGCAACCCGAGCUUCAAGAGCGGGAUGGAGCAACGCAGGUCAUUUUCGGACCAGGAGCCUGAUUAUGCGAGCCUGGACGAGGACUCGGAAGGUAACUGCGGCUCAGACUCAGCCACUCUGCAAAGACCGCCGGGAGGCAGGGCCGGAGAGCAGCAGCAACUCGAUGGCGUGCAAUACAUGAACGUGACAGGGGUCUCGGGACUUUAUAUGAAUGUCAUUUCUAACGAUUUACUUGCCAAAGGUUGUGGCCCGGAGCUGCACAAGGCCGUCUCAGAUCCUGAACAUCUCUACGAAUCCCUUGGCGAAGACGAGCCGGGGGCAUGGCGGCCAGGCAAUGCCACAUGGCAAGGCAUUAUCGGGACGCAAACUCUGAGAAAAAUGGGAAAAUUGCCUGGAGGAAACUGGCGAAGUAUGGAGAGGGAUUCACACCCGUAUGCCAGUCCUUGCAGCACCGACGACGAAGACCCAUACGAGGAUAUUAAUUAAGGAGAUCACGUGACAGGUCCCUCGAGAUGCGCAUGGCAUGUCCUCUAUUGCUUGUUAGCGCUUGGGAAUAUGAACAGGAGCACGGGUCUCCCACGCACCCCACCGCCACCGCAGAAUGAAAGCAGGGAACCCACAUGAGUCUGGCGAACUGUGCUCCCGACCAUCCAGCCGUUAUAAGAUUAAGAAAUAUUCCCAGGAAGGUCAAAAAGCCGAAAGAGAAAGGUCAGACCGGAGAUGGGUGGCUUUGUUAACAAAACAACCUUAUCAGAGCCAAAGGAAGAAUCCGGUGAUCCCCCAUUGAUAUGUGUGGCGCAGGAUGUCUCCCUCUGUUUACAGGAAGUGCCUCCUGGAUGCUGCGAUAGUUCUUAGUAUCUUCUUUUUAAUUUGAUAAUCAUAGAGCUUCGGUAUUUAGAUUCUAGAAUAUCUUACUGCGUUCUUGUUUGUUAUUUUAUGAUAUAUCCAUUUUCUCACCUCUCUAUUUGUUGGUCUACUUCAUCAGAAAAGGUAAUUCAAAAUAUACGUUUCUGUUCCUCAUUUGUAUAUAAACCCUUUAAAAACUAGUGAUGCUAACCUAACCUAACGUACCAGUAGCAUGUGCUUUGCCCCUCCAUUGGCAUUUCACAGGUCCUAUGAUGAUAAAAAUACACAUGGGCUAAAGAGUGAGUGUAUAUGGCACUCAUUUUAUUCUGUAAAGAUAUUACACAUAAGCACCUUACACUUAUCAAAUAGAUGUGUAACAUACUUUUUGUGUGUGGUUGUGCUGUGCUGCGUGUGUUGGGGUGGGGAUGGUUCUGUAAUGCUGGUCUGUGUUGAUGUACCUUUGCAUUCGAUCAUUUGCAUGUGUGUAUGUGUACACACACACAUACACAUGUAUAUUUAUAUGUAUAUAUAUAUAUAUAUGUGAUGUGUGUGUGUGUGUGUGUGUGUGUGUGUGUGUGUGUGUGUGUAUGAAUAAAUUUGAUUUUUCCUUCUUCCUUUUAUACAUGUGUAUCUAUAUACACAAAUUCUUUAGCAUAUAUUCAAUAUAGGGAAUCUAGCUCAACGCCCUCUAACAUAUCAGAUAGGCUAUACCCUUAUCGUCGAGGGCACUGAAACAUGAAUCCCGUGGAGACAUACGUGUUGCUUCGGGGUUCGUUGGUUCAGGACCGCCGCGCCUAUCUUUCCUGCGUGUCUCGCACAGAAGGUUGGGACUCAUGAGGAAAACGAAGCCGCAGGGGGGGAGGUCUCCUCAGGGGAAAGGGGUGCAGAGGAGGCGUGGGCAGCGGCUAUGGGGGAGGGGGCACCUAAGGGAGGCACGUGGCGUUCCUAGGUCCGGAGCGCGGGUCUUCGUAGAGCCCGAACUGCGCCGUGAAAAACAAAAAGGUUAAAACAGAGGCCGCCACCUGCAGGAAAUGAUUACAUGAUUAGAGCAAGUGUGUGACUCAAAUCUAUCAUGUUACUAUUAUUUUCUCCCUAUUUUGUCUUACGAUUUUUUCUUUCCUUUUCUCUUUUGUCUGUCAACUGUAUUUCCAUGAUUGAAUAACUUUUGUAAUUCCACGUAUACUACAUAUGAAUAUAUUCUACGAAACAA